AUGACUGAUAUCAUCAAGAGCGCCGAAAAGCCCUCAACGAACGCACAAGGUCAAAAGCUUGAUGGAUUCCACAGCCUCGUCCAGGAGCUCAGCGGGUACAUGGAUACAGCACAGAGUUUAGCUUUCUCGGAAAUCUGCGAUCCGAACGCCGUAAUCCAACGGAUGGAAGAAUAUCGCUCAGAACGUUUGGAUUGGGCGAAAUACGCUCAUGGGGAUGGGGGUCUGUGUUUCACGAGGAACAUGGUUGAACGCGGUGCCGGCAAGUGUAACAUCCUCAUUUUAGUCUGGACUCCAGGCAAGGAAAGCCCGGUACAUGAUCAUACUGGAUCACAUUGCGUGAUGAAAAUCCUUCAAGGAUCAUUGAAAGAGACACAAUACAAGUGGCCAGAGCGAAAGGUGACCGAAGAAUGGCAGCAUUCGCCUCUGCAGGUUCAAAAAUCAACACUGUUGAGUCGAGAUGAUGUGGCCUAUAUCUCGGACAAUCACGGGCUUCACAAAAUCAUGAAUCCUGACCCCGAGGAAUAUGCCGUAUCUCUGCAUCUGUAUGCUCCCCCGAACGCUGCGACAGAAGGGUGUCAGGUCUUUGAUGAGGAGACAGGAAGAGCGAAGCAUGUGAUCCAGUAUGACCUUUAUUCCGAGAUGGGUCAAAGGCUGAAGUGCGGGAAAACAUGCGGACAAAGUGUAAUGGGGCCUUGA